CUGUCCGAACUACGAAGACCUGAUCAAUAAACAACACAGAUGAUAAACAAGUAUUAAGACAGAUUAUUCUGCACAAACCCAAGUGAAUUUUCGUCGGCUGAAAAUCGUUAACAUUCCUGCAGUCCAUAUGAUAUACAAGGCAUGGCAGAGAGACAGGACAAUGAGGUGGAGGAGGCUGACCAGAUCUACUUGCUGAUGAAGGAGGAGUAUCGGAUCUCUAGGAAUGUGCGUCUGGCGUGGUUCCUUGGUAAGCUUAACCAAGUCAUCUGGCCAGCCUCAAAGCCUGAACUGCUGAACUCAGAGAAUGAAUUGGACUUGCUGAGCAUCUUACCAAAAGGAUGGCAGCCGGACUUCUCCCUCACCAUGUACCCUUACAUGUUAAUGCCGUCCACACGGGCCACCUUCCUGGCCCGGCGGUACCGCUUCAUCAUUGAGCUGGACCUCAGCCCCUCCACAGGGAUUGUGGAUGACAGCACAGGAGAGAUGAUCUUUGAUGAAGUUUUUCAUGCCUUGUCGAGGUGUCUGGCUGGUCUGGCUCAGCCAUUCAAAGUCCCUGGAACUGAUCAGCUUUUUAAGCCUAAGAUCUUCAUCACCAUCUUGGCAUAUUCAUCAAUUAUUGGCCUCACUUCCCAUCAGGUUUUGGUACAGGGCUGUCAGCUUGAUAGAACAGACCUCGAUGAGUUCCUGCAUCACAUCUAUCAGCAGCUUAGAGCAUUGGAGAGCAACAUCGCAGAAGUCCUACAUCAACAGCAUGAACAGUCUGUUGAGCCAGUCCAAAACUCAGGUUUCCCUGGCAACAACCUUGAUGACCAGCCCCACAGGAAGCAGGGCAUUUCCAUGGUGUCAGCUGAUAUGGGUCUUGUCAGCAUGGUACGCCAAGGCAUCCUGGCCCUUCAGUUGCUGCCUCCAAACUCCAGUGCAGGUAUUAUCAUAAUCACAGAUGGAGUGACCAGUGUUCCUGAUGUAGCAGUGUGUGAAACCCUUCUGAACCAGCUCAGGAGUGGAACCAUUGCCUGCUCCUUUGUGCAGGUUGGUGGUGCAUACUCCUAUGACUGCAGCUUUGGGUACAUCCCCAAUGUUGAGCUGAUGAAGUUCAUCUCAUUAGCUACCUUUGGCUCAUACCUGCCCAGCUGCCCUGAAGUGGACCUGAAUAGCCAGGAGAUGAAUGCCUACCACAAGGCCUUCUUAACCUACUCCUUCCUCAAGACCCCUGAGUCAAUGAAUUCAGAGUACUUCUGUGUUUCCCAGCACAAACUGUUCAAUGAGCACCUAGUGUCAGCCAGUGGUAACCCCGCCCUGGUCAUGAGGAGGAAGAAGCACACAGAAAAAGAAGUCCAUGCUCAUUUAAUCAGCGUAGUGUCUGUGCGACUGAGAGAGGGCUACACUAUCAGAGAGAUCAGCCUUACCAAAGGUGGUACUCAGCUGGAGGUGAAGCUUGUGCUGUUAUGGAAACACAACAUGCAUAUCGAGUACCUGGCAACCGCCUCCUGGCCACUGGACCUUGCCAAGAGAACCACAAGGGUGGAGGUGACGAUGGAGGGAAGCUAUGACAUCCUGCAUGACAUCAGCUGCACACAGAGGAAACCAAUCACUAGCCCGUACCGCACUUCCGUCAUCCGUCGCUUCUGGAACACACUACAGAGCAUCAACCAGACUGAUCAGAUGUUGGUGCACCUCCAGGCAUUUAAUUCAAUUCCUGAGAACUACAUGAUUCCUGAAAGCACCAAAAACGGAGUUCCUCUGUUCUACAUCCCCCCUGGCUCUACUACUCCGGUCCUGUCCUUGCAGCACAGUGGAUCCAAAGACUCCCCUCAGUCUCAAUUUGCUUCCUACUGGAAGCCCAUCCUCUCCAUGGACGCCAACUUCUGGCAGAGAUGGCUGCACAUGCAUCGCAUUGCCAUAAUCCUUGAACAUGACAUGCCUGUCCCCAAACACCUGCACACAGCUGGAAACAAUGGACGUUACAGCACCAUUCAGUGCCGUAUCUCCCACUCUGCCCUCACAUCACUGCUGAGGGACUGGAGCAGUUUUGUGUUGGUGGAGGGUUACUCCUAUGUUAAACUCAUAUACAGUUCAUCUGACCAGCCUCCCACAUCCUUCUACCUGGUCCGUCUCAUCUCCAAGACACCCUGCAUGGUGCUGCGUCUUGGCUUCCCUAUUGGUACACCAGCCCAUGUUAGAAACAAGAUUGUGGAUGAGCUGCGAGAGCAAAUCCUCAAACUUCGCUUCCCUCAUCGUGUCCAGAACAAAGAGGCAACCCCCAAGACCAAGAGGAAAAUUGUUGGCCAUCCAUCUCCAUCCAAAUCUCCCUCCAUCCCUGCUCCCAAACCUGCUUUGUCAGACAGACCUUGUGUGGUCAUCCUCAAUAAGCCUCUGGAGAAGCUGCUCAUAAGAUAUGAGAAGUUGCCAUUGGACUUCAGGACUCCCUUCAUUUUAAACAUGGAGAACUUUCUGCAGCCCUCUAACAGUGCCAUGCCCCUCAGCAUGGCAGCCAACCGGACAGCCUCCUCCACCCUGGCCUCUCUAUCCCGUUACUUCUUGCACCAGCGCUGGGUGUGGGCCGUGCAGAGCAGCCAAGGACCGGCUGUGGCCAUGCAGGCUGUUGCUCACAUCCUGUCCAUGUUGUCUGACAUCCGCAUAUCAGAAGGCUUUCACUUUGCUGCCAGUGGAGAGGGCAUCGUAAACAUGGUGAUUGAGCUGCCAAUGAAGGGGAUAUCAGGAGACAUGGACAGAGAGUGUCACUCUUGUAUUGUUCAGUAUAUCCUGUUUCCACCUCACUCUACCUCUACUAAGGACAGCUUCUCCACUGAUGAUGACAACGACACCGAAGUGGAGGCUGUAGACAUGGACACAGAGCUGAACCUUGUGACAGAGUGCUGGGUAGAACCACAGAGUGGAACAGUGAUGAACUGCAUGGACCAGCAUCGCCACUUCCAGGGCCUCAAAUACCAGGAAAUCCCUCAAGCAAUCUUCCCAAGAGAUCUGACCUGUAUGUCCACCAUGAUGACCUUUGAGUAUUUGAGCCAAUUGUGUCAGAAUAAGGACCAGGUUUGCCCACUACCAGCUGCACUCAAGGAUGUGAGAGGAGAAGCUCCAGCCUCUGAGGACAGCAUUCACAUGGUUCCUUUUCAGUUUGACCUCAUUCAGCUACUUCCAAAAUGCCAGCAGGUUGAACUCUUCUUCCUCACGUUCAGUACAGCAGUGGAGAAUGAGGAGCAGAUUCACAGCUCCCCCUGUCUGCCCAACGAGCUCCUGCUCAGCCUCUUCCGUAGCAGCCUGGAGCACGAGCUCAGUGACAGAGAGAUCCCAUUAGGUGACAGCGACCAUGCUGCCUUCAUGCAACACAUCUUAGAGCGAGAGCGCGAUGGCCAUGUUGCUCCUUUCUCCUUACCUGUUAUUAAAGAGGUGUGUGUCAAGCCUCCGGACAGACAAGACACUGUGACAUCAGUCCACACCACUGGCAGCAGCAAAGAGGUGAUGGGAUCUACCAGCACCUUACAGAGUUUCAGUAAUGCAGACCUUGUGAAUGAAGAGCCCUUGCUGGCGGAGAGCAGCUGCUCUAUGCCACAGUGGAGAUGCUAUGCCAAGUACAUCAGCCCCCAGCAGAUCCUCCUCACCUUCGUCCCUGCUUCUUUCACAGAUGCUAUGAUAUUGAUGACGGCAGGGAUGGAGACAGAACCUCAGGGUAACAUCAGCAUGCAGGAGGAUGACAGUCUGAGUACCAGCAACAAAUCUCAGGCUGACACCCUUUCUGGCUCCACCAGUGGGCUGGAGAGGUCUGAGUCCAGCCUUAGUUUGGCCAAUAAACUGCAAAGGAACUCCAACAGCGGACAUUUUACUGCCAGAUCCCCUUUGCGCUCACCUCAGUCUGAGGGCCCAAUGUGGCCUGCUGACUCACUGAUCCUGGACCAGGACAGCUGGCACAACAGGGUGUCAGAGACAGAGACCCCAGGCUCAGAUGUGGGAGAAAAAGAUGGAGUCCAGUUCUCUGAACCACAGAAGGCAGAUUUCCGCUUCAGCAGGCAGGUUUCCCAGCAGAGCACCAGUGACAGCAGCCAAUUGCAGUGUCCAGUCUACGUCUACAACUGCUCUCUGGAGCACUUAAAGGAGCAACUGGUUCACCCAAACUCCAGCCGCCAGCCCAGGGACAUCUUCAGGUCAUUGUCUCAGGACCGCAGCAGUCCGUCCUCUUGGACCGAUCUCCUGGCUCAGCCUCACAAACACAAGGAGCUGGCCAACUACUGCAGCCUGUUGCAAGAGCAUUACCACCAGAGCUAUGUCAAAGGUGUGUACCGCAGCCUGCAGCAGUCCUACAGCAUCAGCUCCCAGGAUGUCCUGAUGGCCAUGGACUACUGUGAAGAAUCCCUGCAGGAGAUCGAUGUCACCUCCUUCCUGCACACCCUCUGUGGACACAUUAGGGUCUUCAGGGAGCAAAGUGAGGCUCCAGAAUUCGGAGGGAAUAAAAAACCUUCAAGGAGCCCUGCCACCUUUAUCAUUGGAGAGGUUGAGGAGGAGCGACAAGGUGACAGGGCUGCCGUGGCCUCCUUGUCCAGUAUUGAAAUGGAGGAUGCCAGUGAAGCUGAAUCUAGAGGGAAGUCCUCUGCUCCCACAUCUCCACUGAUCCUGGAUGAAUCCAAGAUGGCGAUGAUCCCAGAGUUCCCUUUGACACUGCUGCAGACACAGCCCCAGUGUGAAGUGUACCCAGAUCUGCACAAAAUAGUACAGGAUAAAUUCAUGGAGAUCUUGUCUCAGUAUUUCAAAACUGUGCCGUCCAAUCCAUACUACUACUUCUACUGCCCACCUUCAUUCAAGAAAGAGGCAGACUCAGAGGACGGUGAGAUAGAGAGGAGACCGAGAGAGGAGUUGGUGUCAGAUGCUGAGCUUGCUUUAGAGGAUGAAAAUAUGUCGGGCUGCUGUGUCAUGACAGAGAGCGACACAGAUUUGGUGGUAGAGUAUGAGGAGCAUCCAGGCACCAGCUCCCAGGGAGAGGGUGAAGACCAGUCCCUGUCGGAUUCAAACACUGUCAACCAGGACCAGGACUCCUUCAGCAUCUCCAUGCUGGACAUGCCACCGCUGUUUGUUCAUGUCACAUGUUCCAUCAAUAUGAAAAGCUGCCAUGGCUCUAUGCCCACACAAACACUGCCUACUUGCCUUGGUGAGAUUAUUUCAUGCCUGGAGAAUGCUGAGACCUUACAGUCUGUGGAUUUGAAUGAGCUCUCAGCCACAUUAGAUUUAUUUGUCCUGACACUACCUCUGGAGAUUGAAGUCAUGGCUGAUUUCCAUCACAACAGGUACACCUCAGAGAGCAGUGUGUCCCUGAAUCGUUCACCAGCACAGCCUUCCUCAUAUCGCUCUGAUGAGGAGCUGAUGGCAGUGUUGGACAGUCUGAGGGGAGCUGGUGUUGAUGGAGGUUUCUGUUUUUCUUCUGUUAGGGUCUCUGGUGAUCCUUUAUCCAAACUCCCAGUUCCUCACAAGUUAGCAAUUCUGGCCACAAUAGAUGAGAUCCGCUGGCUGCUUGAGGAUGAGAUUGUUUCUGCUCUGCGUCACUCUCGGGUCAUCAGCUCAGCCACGCUGCAGAAAGUAGAAGAGCAUGUUUUGCGCUCCAUUGGUCGACCACACUGUCACUGUGAAGAUGUCCCACUUCAGUUUGUCUUCGGGCCUGAGCAGUCUCUGGAAAAAUUCAAAGAGGAGUUCCGCAGAAUUUCGUUCUCUGGCUAUGUUCUGAAUGGACAACAAGACAGCUUUUAUUACAUGUCACUGAGCAGACUGCACCCACAGAGGAUCCAUGCUACCAAGAGACUCUCUGAGAGCACCACAGACCCCUUGCAACAUACCACCCCCUGCAGUGCUGGAGCACAGAUGGAAGAUGUGAUGCUGGAGAGUGAAGCAGAAGCUCAGGCUGCAGAGGCAGAAAGCGAGAGUGAAGACAAGAAGUCCAUCAGUGUUGCUGCUGACGCUCCCAGUGACACAACUGCAGAUGCCAGUGAGCUAAUUAGAGCCUCAAAGCCCGAGGCAGAUGAUACUGUUUAUCAGAGCUCAGUAAGCAUGGUGGGGGAACGCGGUCAGCCCAGUACCCCCCAGCUCCAGACCGAUUGCUGCACAGAGCCCAAAUCACCCCCCAAGACGCCGUCCAGUGUCAGCCUAGCUGAGUCCAUGCAGUCAGCCUCUCACAAAAUGUCAAAUUGUCUUUCCUCAGGCUGUGGCAAACUCAGGCCAAGUCGAGUCCAGAGUGUCGUCUCCAGCCAGGGCAGUCUGGACUCAGAUAUGCAGGGUUAUGAUGGCGGCAGUAGUGACUCUGAGUGUGAGAGCCCCACCCUGGAUGAACAGGAGUGUCAGUCACCACUUAUGCCAGACUUUUGGCUGAUUGUUAAGAUCCACCAGGACAGAGUGAAGGUCUACUCCCAUUCCAGGUGCUUCACAGAAGGAAAAGAGGUCAGUGCUGAGGAAUUGGAGAAGAAGGAGAAAAAGCUGGAGCCCGAACACUUACAACUGCAUCAAAUGGUUGUCAGGAAGAUUGGUGAAAUCUGCAGAAUAGUCAAUCAGCGUAUGUUGCUGCAGGACUUACAUGACAGACAUGUGUGCAACUCUCUGCUGGUGGCUGAGAGUGAGGAAGACAUCUGGAAGAAUGAGUCUCUCUACAGGCAGAGGCUCAACACUUCUGAUGAUUACAACACAGAAGAGAGCUACCAGGCCAGAGACUACCUGGCAGCCACCAUGCAGUUCAUUCCUGGACAUUUUGCCUGUGAUGUGGUGUGGAGCACAAUCAUCCACAUUCACCCACGUCUCAAGAUGGGACCCAACAUGGGGGUGUCCAGGGCAAUCCAGGCCCUGCGCUCUGUGCUGAACUCUUUCUGUGUGGUCAACAGGAAGAACAUGUUUGUCUACCAGGAGCGUACAACGAAAUCAGUCUUCUACCUCAGACUUUGUGAAACCUCACUAACAGGGAAGUACUCUGAUGUGGAUGGAAACCUCCAUAUGGCUCGCUCCAUGGGGCUUUUCAGGAGUCAAGAGCCGUUGUUUUCCGAGGACCUUAUGGGAUCCAGGUCUUCUCUGGAGGGCUCUCGGCCAGUUGGACAAGUAGACAAGCACAUCCUGCUGCUGGUGCAUGGAGUGGGAAAUGCAGGUCCAGAGAUCACAGAUGAGCUGGUUAAGGUUCUGCGGAAGCGCUUAGAUGAGACCACCUUGGACAUCAUCACUGUCAUGCUUGUCAGGAACUGCAAGCUGACACCAGCUGAUGUGGAGUUCAUCCAGCCAUCAGGAUCUCCAGCCACUGAGGUGAUGAACUUCAGCCUCCCCCAGUACUGUCUUCCGUGGCUGCCCGCUGUGGCUCAUUAUCUGAGACAGAACCUCCUCAUCUUCUUGCAUGUACCGAAGUACACCGACAGCAAUACAGCACACCAUUUCAAGCAUUACUUUCAUUUGGGCAGUGACUUGGCUGACGGUGAUAUCUACCUCUACAAUAAACCUGGAGGCCAGGGCACAGGAGGCAAAGGUAUUGCCUGCAUCACCCUCUCUUUCGUGGAUGCCCAUGGUCGUCCCCUUCAGGUUCCAACUCAGGACAGUACCACACUGCAGAGAUCAGAGAACUGCAUCAACCCCCUUCACCCAGACCAUUUUGAUGAGCUGACCACUGUGGUUAAAGUGGACUCAAUCGCUGUCAGCUCAGAGUCACAGCUGUAUGUGCGCUUUGACAUCUGGGAACAAGGCAAUAUCAGCCCCUUACAGCUGAGUGAUAAACUGCAGGGGGCGCUGCGCCAUGCACUCUGUGAUGUUGUCAUGGAACUGAGAGUCUUGCCAAAUCCUCUUUGUCUGGGCAUGCUAUGCCCAGCAACCAAAGCACAUAAAGAAGAGGCUAAAGGACUGUUGAUUGCAUUGCCUGAGGUGAAAGAAGUAAAGGACACCCCCAGGCAGCGCAGUGGCACACGGGUCUUUAAAGCCAGCCCUUCUCCCAUCACCUUAACCCAAGCUUUGGGAAGCGUCCCCAUGACAGGGACCAGCACACCCGAGUCCACCACACCCACUGGCAAGAGCACCCGCCGGAGUUUCUGGGACAUACUGAGUAAGACGGACUCAUCGGAGCUCGGGAGCCCAAAGACAACUGACGACAUAGUGCAAGAAAAGGGGGAGGAGGGCCGAGCAGCACGACGAAGACACAAAACAGAGACCAUAAAGCAGCAGUGGAGCCAGGAGAAGGCUGUGGCUGUGGAGCUGGAGCAGGCCCAGAGGAGGCAGGUGUGUCAUUUGGAGGAGGGAGAUGUGGGCACUCUACACCCUGUCUACCAGGUUACCUGCCAGCCAUGGGUCACUUUCAUGGCUAAACUUGGCUGCCCCUCCAUUCAGCAAUGCACGGCCGAGUUUGCUUCACACUUCCUGCUACCUUCCAUCUUAGCAGAGAUUGUCAAUUUGGUCAGUUCUCUGGCCAGUGAUACAACCGUGAAGGCAUUUGAAAAGACAAGUUUUCAGCAUAGCUGCCCCCCAUCUGGAGACAUUUUUGUACCGUUCGCUCUUGUCCAGAACCUCAGCCAGCCGCCAGAUGCUACAAGGAGCUUCAUUCUCAUUGGCCGCAACUUCCAUCAGUGGCAUUGUAGCACAGAGCAAGAAGACAGUUCAGAUGAGGAAAACACCCCAGUGCUAAAUAGGUUCACACCUCAUAAGGGCUUCCAGCGCUUCGAGGCUCUGGAGCAGAGUGAUUGUUUCAGUCCAAGCCAGGCUGGGGCAGGACUGGCCCCCCGACAGAGGUUCCUUUUCAUCAGCAUCCUGGAUAAAAAGGUGACUCUGUACAGCUAUAACUGGUCUGUGGACCUGGGCAUCUCUCUGAAUCGUGAGCUGGUCCGACUUGUUAAGUGGCAGAACGCAAGGGCUCAUGUUGUCCACUGCCUGCUCAACCAGAAGAUGGGUCUCUUCCAUCACUACUGCUUCUCUGAUGCACCCCUCCAUGAAAUGGACUCCAAGCAGGAUCCCAACCCAUUCCUCAGCCCCUCCAUGGAACCUGAUGGGUUGCUGCGUAGUACAGUCCCCCCUUUGCCCAGUAAGGAGCAAGGCAGGCUGGGCGGCUCUGGCCGAAGUCUUGCUCCACUUCACUUUCCCUCUGAGCUGCUUCCCUUUGAUGAGGCUCUGAGGGACAUCUGCACCAUCCGAUCCUUGAUGGAGGGGGAUGUGGUUGCCCGACAUGGUAGCCAGCUCCUGGAGAUCAAAGCUACUGAGCGGAGAGAACUGGAGAAACAGAUGAAGAUAGAGAACCUGUUUGUGACUUGGCAGCAGAGGUCAGCACAGUCCAACAUGCCCAUUUCAGGAACAGAUUUGGAGACCCUGAAACAGUCUUCCAGGCUGGUCCACUACUGUGCCACUCCUCUCCUCUUUGACCCUAUCUUCCGCAAGAAGAUCCAAGAGGAACAGAUUAUUCAGCCUCCAGUAAAGAAACGACAUCGGUCCAGUGACUCCACGGCGUCAGGUCGGGACCGAAGCUACAGCACUGACUCAGCUGACAUGCUGCCCAGCCGACUGAAGGAAGAACCCUGGCUGCUCGAGAUUUCUAACACCUUCCUCCAGCAGUACGUCCAGUACCUGCAGAGCUUGGGCUUUAUUCUGGUCCAAGUCCGGCCGCAGUCUCCAGCUCGCAGCAUUGCCAGGGCCCGUGCUGCCAUGCUUAACUCUAUGUCAUCGGAAGGGAGGAUGUCUUUUUCUUAUGUAAAGCAGAAGAGCGAGGACAGCCCUAAGACUACAGCAUCUGGUACCACUGCAUAUCACCUCCAGAGGGCACUGCCAGGUGGGAUCGUGUUGAUGGAACUGGCUUUUCAGGGGUGUUACUUCUGUGUUAAGCAGUUUGCACUGGAGUGUUCCCGCAUUCCUAUGGGCCAGACAGUCAACUCCCAGGGCAGCCUCCUCACCAAACCUCGUUGCAAGCCGUUUCCAGAUGCCACCCCAGUAUCUGACUGUGCGCUCUCCAUGCUCUUCACUGAGGAGUGUGAUAAGGUGCGGGACCUGAUGCAUGUUCACUCCUUCAGCUAUGACUUCCACCUGCGAGUGGUUCACCAGUACUUGGUCGGCUGCCACAUGACACUCCGCCAGGGCUACCAGCUUACGGACUUCCUGGACGACUUCAUCUCCCAUCACCCAGACAUUCCCAAGUUUGGCCGCAACCAUGUCUUCCAAGGGAGCUUCUCCAUCUCCACAGGGAUGAUAACAGCUCACCAGCUGUACAACUACAUCACUGACCACGCCAGCACCUAUGGCAUGAAGCCACUCCGCAUGUCCAAGACUGUAGUCACCACUGACAACAAGAAAGGGACACCUGACUUGCACGAGUAUGCUCUAGUGGCUCUGUGGAACAGUUCAGGCUCUUACAAGGAUCUGGAAGGCCUACACCACCAUGAUGACUUUGAUGUGUCCCUGGUGGUGUGCCACAAUGCUGCUCCAUUUGAGGAGCAGUCAGAUGGGGAAAGGCAUUUGCUUAGAUUGCGGUUCUAUGUGAUCAUGACCAGUCAGCGAGAACUCUUCCCCCGCCUUACUGCUGACAUGCGGCGUUUCAAGAAGCUACCGCAGAUCCACCGAGACCCUGGUGAGCUGGGUGGUCGGCUCCCCACGGAUCGAGCAGAGGCCUGCGGGUCACGUGGUGCUGAACAGGACCUCUGGGAGGAAACAUCAUCCGAAGCUGCAGCUGCCUUGGCCCCAAGUGACGGGAAUGAGUUUUACCCUCUGGCAAGGGGUGGACCAGAAGCUCAGGGGCUGCUCUACCCCUCCCCUCUGUUCCCUUUGCUCAACAACGAGGUGGCAUCAGCCCACAGGCAGAUCCAGGCCAGCGUGGAGCAGGCCAUGGGUCACUGCCGCAGGGAUAACCUGUGGAGGAGACUGUUCCAUGGAGAGCAUCUGGCUCUGGACAAACUGAAGCUGACCAAGCUGUCGUUCAGCGAACUGGAGGAGCUACUAGAGGCUGUGCAGAGCCGCUCGGUGGGGGAGAUCGACCCACAACUGGACUGUUUUCUGACAAUGAGUCUAGCCUGGUACCAGAGUCUUAUCAAAGUCCUGCUGAACCGGUUCCCUCAGAGCUGCAGACACUUCGAUGACAACGGCAUCCAGUACCUGGCUGUUCUGAACCAAAAGUUCACUGACUGCUUUUUUUUGGUCUUUCUGGACACGCAAGCUGGAAAAACAAGCCUAAAGGUGGUGUUUCGGGAGCCACUGCCAUCACAGCCACAGGCCAGCAGCAGCCCUCCUCCCCAGCUGGUGUCCAUGUAUCAUCACCUGGAGUCUGUCAUCAACACCGCCUGCUACAACCUCUGGACAGGACUUUUAUAGCGCUGAGAGGUGCUGGACCUGCGUCUGAGCAUAUCUAUAUGACCGUGAUCGACAAACGGAAACAGGAAGCAACAGCAAAGGAAAACAGAUGACAAUAAGUUUUUGGAAUACUUCUUGCCAGUACACUCUCCCAGCAGCUACACCAAUCACGGUGGUGUUGGGCUCUAUCCUACCUUGUUACAAGACAGUAGCAUUAAGAAAAGCAUCAUACUGGAUGGUGAUGUUAUUGUGUUUAUGCAAUGCCCUAUUAGUACACAUGAUGCAUAUAGUAGACAUUUUUACAGUUCAGAUAAUUGACACCUGACCCAAAAAAGACUUGAGUUUCAAAAAAACAACUCAAACCGAGCAAAAUUGAUUGACUAUCAAUACUUGCUAAUGUGUUGCUCACAUUUUGUUUUUUUUUUUCUCCAAGCUGGCGCAUCAGUUAGCUCAGCAAGCCCCAAACCAUUCAGAAAAAAAUAAAUGCCUCCCAACUAGUGUGUCAGCCUUAAGUCUCUGAUGUGCUUGCUUUAAACAACACAUACAUGUGUGCAUGAUAACGAUGUCAUAUAUCCUGUAUUCCUGCGGCGCAAUGGGUGUGUUCAGAAAUUAGUUCUACUCAUCCACAAGAUGGAAUUAAACCGAUAGAUGAUGGCAGAAGUAUAUGUAUGUUAAGUUACCUUUAUCUUUAGUUGGAAUAAAUGAAAAUACUCGUAUAUCGGCCAGUGAUGAUCCCACCCUGAUCUGACCCUCUGUCCUUAAUGGAUAAAUGUUUUAAUCCUCCGGGUACAGAGUAUGUAGUUGCAGCAUGAACAAUGCAAAUGACAAUAUUAAUCUCACUACAGCUGCAUGUAUAUUUUGUUCAAAAGAAAGUAAAAUUACUCAAGUAUUAGGACAGUUUAAUGUUUGUCUUGAUACUCUCAUUUUUCUCUGUGCACAUAUGAAGUAAAACUCCAUAUAGUGAAGUUCCUUGAGCCAGGCUAACAGGGUUUCCCACAGUGUAGCAUGUCUGCUGACAUCAGAAGAAAAAAAUACAAAUUUAUGUAACCUAUUAGACUUCAAAGGAAAAUGAUCAGAGCUGCUACCUAAAGCUCAUUGUGUGCGUUUUGUUAACUCUCUCUCUACCUUUCGGCACGACCAGAACUUGCAACUUUUAUGUUCACACUGUACAGAUCAACUGAUCGGUCACGGCGUGGAGCUCAGACUAGAUGUGAACACUGAACCCCCGGUUGGUUUUGUUCCUUGACAGUUAGAAUGAAGUUUCUUCAAACCAGACAUCCUCCUCCUAAAAAUGUUGACGAGAGAAAGCCAACAUAAGUUUGUAUAGCAAGGAAAGUAAGAAGAAAAAAAAAUAUAUAUAUAUAUGGAGCUGCAGAUGAAAGAUGCAGAGUCUAAUCUGUCUGUCUUGCAGCAAGACAGCAGUCUCAGUCAAGACUUUUAAUCACAAGUAAAAGACUUCUCCUGUACUAUUUAAACAAGCUCACUUCAGUUCAUGAGGAAUCUUUUGAUAGUUGCCAGGCAGGAAAUGAGACGGUGGAACAGCUCAAUUUCUGACAUACCAGAAAUCCAAUCAGUUGUCCAACAGCCAGACUGUUGAUCGUUGAGGAGAAUAGUCAGGCAUCAUGGCCCCCACACCACCACAAUACUGCACGUCAAAUGACAGCCAGUCUGGCAGAAGUUUGUUCCAAUUCUACCAUUGCUUAGGGGCAACUAAUCAGGGAUAAAAUCAGGCUUAAUCCAUACAAAGUCGGCUCAACUUUAUACAGCAAAGGUCAAAUAUUUAAUAAGAGGCAAUAACCUCUCUAACCUCUAUAACUUUCAGCAUCAUCUCACUAACUAUAUUGAUAGAGAUAUAAUGCAUCAGGAUUCAGUUCAGCAGGUGACUCAUCAUCACAAUGUAAGUUUGCAUCACAAUAAUUAAUCAGAACAGCACAACACAAUGUUGGGGGGGAAAAAAAUUAAUUUUUACAAGGUAGGAAAAGUAGAGGUGAAUUAAGUCUGGACCAGACAUCCUGUUGGGUUGGGCUCUGAGUUUUCAAGGAUUAGGUGUGUUUGAAGACCUUGGGCAAAGAGCUUUACUGACCAGCUUUAAGUGAUCAUUCUGAGCAGGAAGAGGAAAUUUUGAAAGCAGAAGAGAUUUGUACAUCUCUCUGAUCUCUUAUCAUGAGCAAAGUGCUUCCAGGCUGGUAGAUAAGAACAUGGAGGUAGGUCCUAGAGUACAGUGCUGUGACAAAUACUCUGAGGAUUUGAUGGAUAACGAAACAUGUAGGUUUUUACCAGUGGAGAAGACAUUGCUGUAUUUAUUUUUUCUUAUCUAUGACUGAGAAACUUUCUAAAUGUACAUGAGCAGUUUGGAUUUACACAAUCCAAUGCUUCAUGCUCAGUCAUAAGCAACCAACAACAAAAACUUCUGGCUAUAAAACUGCACAAGUUUCAUACUCCACAGCUUCACUGAUGGGUCUGAGUUAUCUCAGAUCUUGUGCCUUCUGAUAGCAUCAUAUUAGCUUUUCAUACCACAUCAGUGUUUUACAUCAGUGAGAGACAGCUGAGAUGUUAAUGCGGAAGGCUUUUAUGAUUAGAUUUCCAAAAUCUAAUCAGACCUGCUACCCACUUAAACCCCCUGAAGUGCCUUUCUGUGUUUAUUUUUACCUUUUUUGUUAUUCUCAGACCUUUGAAGUGAUACUGUUGCCAUUCCAUCAGCUCUGCAUAGAAGAUCUUUGGAAACACACACUCCUGUUAUGCAGUGAAAGUGCCUGAGUCAGUUUAAAUAAAUGUAACAAAAAUUGCCUUCCAUAAGCAACAAAAUUGGUCAUAUUAACUUUGAUGAUUUGCAUAAUAGCCUGUCACAUGUCAUCAGCACAGUGUUUUCAAGCAUGUUUAGGGUGAUGAGUUUGACUUCUCUGUAUUCUUCAACAUUGCGGCUGGUAAUCAUACCUCAGUUUAAGGAGGGCAGGAAGCCAGCCUCAUACAAGAGUGUUACAUCACAACAAACAUGAAGGCUUGAUAGCCAUUGCAGUGACUUCAUUAAUAACAUAUUCAGGCCUAACAUUUCUGCAAAUUUUCAAUAGAAGGAAACCACCCACGUUUGAACUUCUUCGUGGAUGUAAAAUUAAGAAAUGUUGAGUAAAGUAGCCUUCUCAGAGAAUUCAGUCUGAUUGUUAAACACUGGAUAUUCAUCUCGCAAAAUGUGAACCGUAACAAGUUAGCCCUUAGCAUUGUGACACUGUAAUAUAAACACUGCACUGUCUCUAACUGUAUAAUGUAUAUUAUGUAUGUACAGAACACUUUAUACAGUAUGUGAAAUGCUAAAUAAACCAGUAGGAUAAA